GUGAUAUCCUUCGCUUUAAAAAAACCUUUUCUUUUACCGCUUUCUCUCUCCAAAAUUCAAAUUCGAAAAAACGCCAUUACUUUCACUCUUUCAGACAAACUUCUCCUUCCAUUACCAUACAAUUCCAACAAUACAACCGUUACAACCAACACUAACAACAACAACAAAGUUUCCCGACGCCAUUAACGCACCUUCAUCAGUUCAUCCUCAAGACUUCAACAAUGGCUACCGAAAAUCGCCAACCUCCUUCACCAUCACCAAACAUUUCUUCUUCUUCUUCACUCUUUAAAGACAUUUCCAAUUUCAAAACCCCUAAACCCAAAAACCCUCAACAUUCUUCUCGAACUUUCCAACCUACUACUCCCAAAUUCUUCACUGCAUCCAAACAAAUGCAAACUCCUUCAUCUUCUCUCUCCUCCUCCACCGCCCGCCGUCGCCGAAAACCGUCAACUCCGGCUACUCGGAAACUCCGGCAAUUCGAGCUCGAGAUGUCGAAAUCGUCGCGAAAGGAGGAAAUGAAGAAGGAAAGGUCGAUGAAAUCGUUAGCGAAUUCGCUUACUGUUUGGCUUAAUUUCCUGUUUGAAAACCCUAAUUCUUGCGGAUGUGGUGAUGAUGGUGGUGGAGGUGGAAGGGAAGGAGCGACUAAAGGAGGGAAGAGAGAGAAUUUGAUGGUUAAGAGUAUUGUUGGUGUUGGUGUUGAUGGUGUUUGGAGGUUGCCCAAGAGGCAGAGGGAAGAAGGUGAAGGGAAUGUGGGAGGUUUCGGGGAGGAUAGGGAUGUUUCGAUGUCGGUGUCGACGAAGAAGAAGUUCGGGCUUUUGUGGAAAUCGUUACGAGAGGUUUGUAGCUUUGAUGAUUUGGAGGUGAGGAUGAGGGAAUACUUGAGUUUUGAAGGUUGUAUGGAGGUUUUCACUGUUAUGUCUCAUGUUGCUAAGAACAUUGAUGAAGGAAGGCUUAAGAUGAAGGCACAUUGUCCUAUAGUCACUGAUGUUGGAAUGAGAGAGAAAGCUAUCAAGAUUCUGAUGUGCUAUAAUCCAAUUUGGCUCCAGAUUGGAUUGUACAUCAUCUUUGGCAGCGACUCUUUGUUGCCCAAGGUAGAUUCCCAUAGAGAAGAUGAUUUGGCGUUUCUCAGAAUGGUGAUCGAGAAACAAUUCUUCUCACAUGCGGGUCUUGCAAAGUCUUACGCAUACAAUAAGUUGGUUGAUGGCUUAUACAGGCCAGGUUACUUUGAAAGUUUAGGCAAUGUCAUUUUAAAGAGAUUUUUGCUUCUUGCUCUCAUACUUGAUAGAGCUAAAUCUCAAAGUGGCUUGCCUAUCAAGUAUGGUAUUGAUGGGAUAGAUGGAGGUUCUCCUCUAUUGUUCAAUGUGAAAUGGAACAUCAAAUCGAGUCGGCAAAUGAUAAAUGAUUUCUUAUCAUCUGAAGUUAUGCAUGGGGAGGGAAAUCUUCUUGCACAUCUUGUAAUUGUGGGGUACAAAGUACCAUACCAACAGAAUCCCCUCAUUGAGUAUGACUUCAGAAUUACAGAUUUGUUUCAAGAUAUACAGGAUGGAGUGAGGCUAUGCAGAGCUAUUCAGCUCCUACAGCAAGACUCGUCAAUUUUAAUGAAAGUGGUGCUUCCAUCAGAAACUCAUAAGAAGAAAUUGACAAAUUGUCGCACUGCCCUGCAAUAUCUCAAGCAGGCAGGUGUUGCCCUGAAUGAUGAUGACGGUACAGAGAUAGUGGGAGAGGAUGUUGCCCUUGGAGACAAGGAACUUGUAAUUUCUUUAUUGUGGAAUGUAUUUGUUCAUCUGCAGCUUCCUCUGCUUGUUACAAAGAACAUCCUGUCAGAAGAAAUUUCAAAAAUAUGUAUAGAUCGUACUGAAAUCAUGGAUAUAGAUACUAGCACUCACUUGGAUGUGCUUCUACUCUGGAUGAAGGUGAUCUGUGGAAACUAUGAUGUCAAGAUGGAAAGUAUGCGUUCAUUGGUUGAUGGAAAAGUUAUGUGGUGUUUGCUGGACUUCUACUUCCAGAAAGAACUACAUUGUCCUUGUUCAAUGAAGGACAUCAAUGAUACAAGUGAAGAAUCAAUUGUGUCAAUGAGAGAUACUAUUGAUGCAGUACACAGCUUUGUUUUAUCUCAGAAGUUGACAACGUUGUUGGGAGAUUUUCCUGAGGUGUUACAAAUCUCUGACAUACUUGAGUCCAAUGGCGCCUCUAAUUAUAAGAGUGUGGUCAUAUUAUUGGUAUUCUUGUCCUCGCAAUUGCUUGUCAAGAAACGUAAGGAUAAACUAAACUUUCACAAGCUCACGGGUUGUCAUUGCCAAAAUCCAGAGAGAAAGAGGUGGUCUAUCAGUUCUGAAAGUGCAUGCCAUAAAGAAAGGCAACGAUCUACUGAAGAUGGCGCACUGAAGUUUAAAGCAGUUCAAGCCUGGUGGCAAAAGAUAGCGAAACAGAAUAUGUAUGAUGUUAAUGAACCAGCUGCUGUUGCUAUCUUACCCUUUGCGGUUGGCAAAUUCAGCUUUGAAAGUCACGAAGUAAACGCUGCUGUAAUUAUACAGUGCCAUUUCAGGCGGGUGGUUGAGCGCAAGAAAUUUUUGAAGAUGAAGCAAGCAGUGGUGAAAAUUCAACUUGCUUGGAAGGAAUUUCUUGCAAGUGACUACAGGCACACUCGCUGCUCAGCUGCUUCUACAAUUCAGAGCCAUACUCGUGGGUGGCUACUGAAAAGAAGAUUUUUGAAUCUAAAGCAAGCAGCUCUAAAAAUCCAAAGUGUUCUUCGAUCUCUGAGAUAUUUAAAGGAUUUUCAUGAAUAUUGUACAGCAACCAAAUCAGCUAUCAUAGUUCAGUCUCAUGUCCGGGGGUGCAUUGCUCGUAGAGGUGCUUGCCAACGUAGAAUAUGCAUUCUUGUGAUCCAAAGCUGUUGGCGUCGUUGGUUGGCUAGGAGGAGCUUUAUUCAUCAUAAAGAAGCUGCAAUAAGAAUACAAGCUGCCUCUAGGGCUAUGAUGUGCCGGUAUGCAUUUCAUCGCUAUAGGCAUGCUGCUACUGAAAUCCAACGUCUUGUCAGGGGAAAGAUUUCACGAAAUAGACUUCUAGGUUCUUCCUCCUUUCGUGUCAGUGGUUCUCGUGACAAUACCCUUACAUCAGGCCACAGAUCGUACAUCAAUGAAUUAACUAUAGUUUUUAGAGCAAUCGUGAAGUUGCAAAGAUGGUGGAAGAGCACCUUAGAGUUCAAAUUGAGAAAGGAAGCAGCCAUUGUUAUUCAGUCGUAUAUUCGUAAAUACAUUUCUCGGCAAACAGUAUAUAAAGAGAGACAUCAUGCUGUUAUCAUUCAAGCACAUUGGAAGGGUUACCUUGCAAGGAAGCAUGCAAAAGAGCAACUUGUUGAUCUGCGAUUGAGAAUACAGAAGUCUGCUGCUACCGUGGAAGAUGGAAUGCGUAUAAUGAAUAGACUUGUAGCAGCACUAAAGGAACUAAAAAGCAUGAAAAAUGUUAGCGGCAUUCUAUACAAUUGUGCAACUUUGAAUAUGGCAACUACACACUCUCAGAAAUGUUGUGAGAGACUUGUAGAUGAAGGGGCAAUUGGAAUUUUGCUAUACCAAAUAACUGCUGUCACCCGAAGCAUACCAGAUCAGGAAGUUCUGAAGCACUGCUUAUGUACUCUUAGAAAUCUUGCCCAGUAUCAACCCUUAGCUGAUAUGCUCAUUGAUCACCGAGGAUCCAUUGAAACCAUCCUUAGGGAGUUACUCAGGAACAAGGAAGAGGGUUAUUUCAUUGCCUGUGAGCUGUUGAAGAAACUAUGUGCACGGCCAACAGGUAUUGACACAAUAUGUUGUUUGUCCUCUAUGUUGAAGAGACUCCAAGCUCUUAUCGAGGAUCUUACCAGAAAAGUGAACAACGAGAAGAGGAAUCAUCGUGGUAUGGCUGCACGAGAUAACUCAGAGCGAAGACUGAUGGAGGCUAAUGAACUCCUGAAUUUGAUCACAUAUGGGCUGAACAGUCGAACGAGUUCGAAAUUCCAUAGCAACCAAAUGCAGCUGAAGAACUUGCAAUAGGAAAGCAUUCUGUUUUCUGAUGUAGGGAUAGUAACCAAAUUAUGCUGUGCACUGUUUGUGCAUAUGCUUAGGAAUUUGCUGAAUAUGAGCCAAUAGUGCCUUGAUGUUAACUCCAUUAUUGCUACUCUUGUCGGCAUAAUGUAGGGAUUGCUAAAUAGUCAUCAUUGUAUAUAUCAUUACACGAGGUUUCUAACUCGGUUAUUUUUUCCCCU